CGCGACACGGCCAGUGACGCGCUCGCUCAACUGACGUCACAGUCCUUCGGAGCCCCCUAGUUUUAUAAUUCUGUUUGAUUGGCUAUAAAACUAGAUGUUCGAAUACGAACCCCUGAUUGGUUGGAUGGAAGAACUCCACAGUCAACCAUAUCAUGAUCCGUGGUCCUGGUCCGUGUGGUCUGUUAUGUCAAGAAACUACUAGUACGAUACGCAGGAUACGAUAGCCCUUGGCAAUGAAUGAGGAAGGGCUUUCGAUAUCUUCCAAGAUUAACACAAACUCGGAUUUCACCCCCUUAUCUCUCUGUCAGCGAUGUCAAAGAUGGGGCCAAAUCAACAUCCACAACAUGACGUACGGGAAUAUCAUAAAACAGAGAAGCGAUACAUCUACUACAAUAAGAGAAUACGUUGACGUCGAACAGUUAAUCCAACACCCGAAUUGCGCCAUGUGCACGUCUAUCCUCCAUGUAUAUUAUAUGCGUAGUCAGGUAAUCCCCCAUUUACAGUCGUGGCCUGCUCGACACAUAGUCAUCUCUAUCACCGGUCCCUUUUAUCUGGAUAGGGGUGUCUCCCCCGGUGGACGAAUCAUACGCCGCAGGCCCAACCUCUCAGACCCAAAUUACAUAGUCGUUAGGACGUUUCUUAAACUUGAAGUGAAAGCUCUUCCAUACGAGAAUUCGGAAGACGGCAAAGAAGAGUCGUAUUUUAUCCGCUGUGACGGCCAAGCUGAUGUACCCAGUGAUGAAGUUCGCAAUGCGCCAACACAGUUUACUACCACCCCACAGUUCAUGAUGAAAUAUUCGAACGAGACAGUUCCCGUACUCUGCGAUAUGAAGGAAUGGGAAGUGUGUUUCUUUGAUAUACAGCUUCUUGGGAACUGGUUGAACCACUGUAGCGAGGUUCACGGGAAACAGUGCGUCAAUUCAAAAGGUGAAAACGAUGUGCUUCCUACAGGCUUUCGGGUCAUCGAUACACACCACAUGAAAAUAUUACAGCCCAACGACUUCGUUCGAUAUGUCGCGUUGAGCUAUAUGUGGUCAGGAGAACCAGGCAACGAUACUCAACUAGAAAGAUCCAACGUUGACGCCUUCGAGAUGCAAGACAGUCUUAGAGCACUCAGGAUCCCAGACAUAAUCGCUGAUGCAGUUGCCUUAUGUCGGGAUUUGGGAGAGCGGUUUCUGUGGGUGGACCGUCUUUGUAUCGUCCAGGACGAUCAAGUCAACAAGCCAGGCCAGAUCAACGCAAUGGACAGGAUUUAUCACUUAGCAACUUUCACUAUCAUCGCAGCUCUCAACACACGUAAUGGGAUAGGUUUGCCGGGGUUUGCCAACCGACCUCGGCAUCCACGAUCCUCGGUCUGGGCCCAUCCUCAUACCGGAGACGUCGAGGCUCAAGGUCUUGAUAUAACAAAUCAUAUCAGCAACGUUGUUGACACGUCACUUUGGAACAAGAGAGGAUGGACCUUUCAGGAGAGACUGCUAUCCAAGAGGCGUCUCUUCAUCACCGAAUACCAAGUCAUUUACGAGUGUUGCGAGGGACAAGCCAUUGAACUAUUUACCUGGGAUAAUUCGGCCGUGUACGGGGCGUCCGGGGACCUUGGUUCUCAGACGCGAAGCAGCAGUUCCUCCUUUGAUGAAGACGAAGACACCACCAACCUCCGGCAUAUCGACCAGGUUUCGGGAUUUUGUAUGGAGAACCAAUAUGUCAGCAACUCGUACGCUGUCAAGGAAACAGCUUCGAUACGAGACUAUUGCGUAUGGGUGCAGGAUUACAGCAGCCGCCAGCUGUCAUUUGGAACAGACAUAUUGAACGCAUUUGCCGGAGUCGGCAACGCGCUCGGUGCAAUACUUGGCUCACGGCUUCUCCACGGUCUACCCGAAAAAUAUUUCACGCAGUGUCUUCUGUGGUCCACGUCGAGCGUUGCAUCCCCCCGGGGUGAGACUUGUAGCAUACCCAGCUGGAGCUGGGCCUCUUGGGUAAGUGCCGUGCGUUACGACUGGCAUUAUGAUGAUCGUGAUGAGCUUUUCCUUAAAAUUGCGAGCCUCGUCUACUUCUAUUAUCAAGAUCCCGACUCGCAAGAGCUACGAAAACUCGAUAUUAAAGAGAUGUGGAUACGGAAUGAGAUCUCUAUUGAAGAACUCUCUAAGCGAGAAGAGCUGCCUGCGCUCGCAGGCAAACAUAUCCCCGGGGAAUGGAGGACUAAUAGAGAUUGGAAAGACUGUCCACAGAAUCCAUGGCAGACCUUUGACCGCCAGGAUCUAGACCAGGAUGCUUGCAAGAUUGCAGCCAUGUUCCCGGGCUCGCUCGUUUUUAAUACCACCGUCGCUUUCUUGUCGAUAGACCAUCUACGAUACGCCGACGGUAUGUCCGCGAAGUAUGAAAUGUCCGACGCCUCUCUCCGUAAUAAGUACGGUGAGGCUGUAGGAAUCAUGAGGACGUUGGAAAACAGCUGGAUCGAGGCACGUCGUAGCACUAAUGGUAACAAGAAGCUCUUCGACUUUAUCGUUCUAUCUGGAAAACUGCAGAAAUCUUCCGUUAGGAAUAGUUAUUCCUUCUUUGACAGGUGGGGUGAGAUGUGGCUCCUUGAUGUGAUGCUAGUCCAUAGGUUGCCCUGUAAACCAUUUGUCGCUAGGAGGGUCGCCGUAGGGACUGUAACGCUGUGCAAAUGGAAGGACUGUGAUCCGAAAUGGGAGACCGUUGUUCUUUGUUAGUAGAUAGCCUUGUUGGUAACGAGGAGCCUACGUAGGUAGUUGCCUGUGUAUAAACAGAUAUAUGGGGAGGUCGGGGUAUUGGUCUUACAUUAGCUUAUUUGCUAUCCCUAAAAGCAGUUAAAAGUGACACUCAACUAACACGUUGUUCCUCCAAUAGUCCCUGGGUAGAAAUAUAAUAUCUAACCGCAACCUCAGGGAUAGUUCAUUGUCUAUCAUGUACCUAUGUAGUCCAAGAUGAGGGCCUCAGACAU